GCCAAAUUUCAAAGGACUUCCUCCUGGGAGGACAGAAGGCGAAAAGCCGCACCGAAGUCUGGCGAACAACGGCGAUAAAAUCCUGCAGAAACAAUACUUUUAUUCAAAGUUCAUGAGCUGAAUCCGCUGGUUGAGCAGUCGACGGGGUUUCAUCGGCGGCGGGUUGAGGAAUAAUUCACAUAAAGUCGGAAUGUCAUUGUUAUCAGACAGUCCUCAGCCGUUACCCCCUGCCAGGUUUCCCACCUGUGAGACAGCUGAUGUCAGGAGCCUGGGAUUUUAAUCACACACACACACACACACACACACACACAGGCUCAGAUGACAGCUGUUCCAACCUGAAAAUAUUAAACGUCAGAACUCAAGCCUAAAGUCACGGCUGUCAAGUUUCCUUGGCAGGUUUGCUUUUCACGAUUUUAAUGUUUACUGCACCUUUCAAUUUAGCAGCACGGUAACACGCAGGCUGUCCACAUUACUGAAGGUCCAUCCUCUUACAGCCUCCACUCCACGGGGGAUUUAAUCUGUUUGAGGUUGAGCUCAUGACAGAGUGCAGAAGCUCAUUUCCACACUUCACCAGUUUAUACAGGGCUCCAUAUCCUCAUUAUUUAUUCAUGUAUUCACAGCAGGGCACAACAAGUCAUCAGAUUUCCAUACUAAUGCAAACACCUGUUGCUCAAAGCAGCUGCCCCUGGCUGUAACCAGGCCUGUGCAUAGAAUAUUUGAUCUUGCAGUAUAUAUUUAUUGUUAGCCGUCAGCACUCAUUGGUCAAAUGCCUUCAAGUUAACCAUUAGUAAAGAGUUGUAUUCUACAAUGGAUCGCAGCCUCCUGUAACUCAGGCCCUGUCACAGAUAGGGUGGGGGCAGGUGGGGGCUCAGCGGUGGCAGACAAUCAAACCCUUCAGUCAUGCUGUCCGGGGUGCAGCCCUGCUUCCAGUUGCUUCGGAUCGGUUCGUCGGCCGGCGACUCGGUGCGGGACCUGUACACAUUCAGGCCGGCGCUGAGCCACUCUGUGUUCCGGCUGGGCCGGGCGGCGGAGCUGUGUGACGUCACACUGGACUCGACGUCGGUGUCACGAAUCCACGCCGAGCUGCACGCUGAGAGGGAGGCGGGCGAAGGUGAUACGGCGCCGCAGGAGGAGGGCUGGGGGGUCCACAUCAAGGACAGGAGCAGUCAUGGCACCUGGGUCAACGAGGUCCGCCUCCAGCGUGGCGUCCAGUGGGAGCUCUCAGACGGCGACACGCUGACCUUCGGUGGCCAGUCGGCUCCAGGGAACCCCGAGUUCUACUUCCUCUUCCAGAAGGUCAAAGUUCGCCCGCUAGACUUUGAUGCCAUCACAAUUCCAAAGGCGGGCACCUUCUCCUCCGACCUACAGAACCGGAUCAGAACUAACCAGGACCGCAAGGUGGCGGCCAACCUGGACCUGUCCAAGCUGUCCAUCAACCGGUCCACCGUCAUCCUCAACUCCAUCGGCAGUCUGAGUAAGAUGAAGGGCAGCGCCUGGACCUUUAAGAGGAGCCACAGCAACGAGGGAACCGCCUCGGACCCUGGCUCCUCCUACUCGCCUCCUCUGGCCGAGGGCUUAACCUCUCUGCUCCCGCCCUCCACCCCUCCAUCCUUCUCCUCGGCAGCGUCGGUGCCUUCGUCAAAGUCCCUCCAGCCGACCUCCAGGAGCCGGAGGAAGUCGGCUCACACGGUGCUCCUCGAGGACGACAGCUCAGACGAGCCCAGAAGUCGAGGAGCUCUGGCAGGAGUUGUGGAGGACGGACAGAGAUCGAGGGGGAAGAAGAGGCGGCGGCUCUACAAGUCUGAGUCGGAGAGUUUCAGCUCCCCUCCUCCGCUGCAGCCCAAGAGCCACGACGACAUCCGACGGCCGCUGGAGGCCAAGCCCUUCCCCGUCGGCAUCAGGACCAUCGGCAGUUUCCACGGCGCCAUGACCAACAGCAGACUCAACCACCACCUCCUCCAGGCAUCAUUCACCCACCCCGCUGUUCACAAAGAAGAAGUGCAGACGAUGCACCGGGUCCAGACGGUGAUGCACAGCAACAUCGCAGCGUUCCGCCAGCAGAAACCUGCCCACUGUUCUCCGGCGGCGCAGAGAAGCAGGCGGAGGGCUCUCAGCUCUCCGGUUUUCUCCCCUCUGGUGGUCGGAGGGGAGAAGUACAGCCUGGCCUCGCCCUCAGUGAGGAUCCGCACAGAGCAGAGAGGCAGGGUGCAGUUCAACAGAUUUCACCAUCCAGCAAGUAAGCGACGAGGCCGCCCCAGAAAAUACCCGCUCCCUCCCCGGCCUUCCCUGCCCUCUCCAUCCUCCUCGUCCUCCUCUUCCACCUCCUCUGCCUCCUCCUCCUCGGGCUCCUCCUCUUCCUCCUCCGAUGAGGACGAUGAUGACGAGGAGGAAGACGAGGAGGCGACGAGCGGGGCGGUGGAGCCGUGCGCGGCGCCGCAGUGUCGGCUGCCCCAGCAGGACACGGUGCAGUGGAUCCAGUGCGACGUGUGCGACGCCUGGUACCACAUAGACUGUCUGCACGUCGACCGCAAGAAGCUCCUGAAGGACCCCAACGCCGACUUCCACUGCGGAUGUCGCUGAUAGAAGAGAAGUUUGUGGUGAUAAAAUAAAAAGCUCCAGUUUAGACUUUCAAGUUACCACAUUUCCCCCCCCCCCUUUUUUAAAUGUUUACUUCCUUCAGCCACACGUGACUUUUCAUCGAAGAUGUUUCUUCUUCUAAUGGCAGCAGCUGGCGACGGCGGGGAAAUAAUUUCCUUCGAUAUUUUUUUUUUUUUUUUUUACAUCCUGAUGUUCCCAAGUUUGAGGAUUUGUGGCCUCACAGUCACACGGCUGCUUCAUAAACCUCAUGUCUGCUCAGUUUCAGGGCUCAGGCUUUGGAGAAUAAACUGUCUCCGGUUGGAUUUCAUUAUGGCGUUGACUGCCUGGAGAGGUGCGGUCAGGGUGGGAGAACAUGAUGAAAUGUUUCCGAGUACUCUCACUGUGGCUGUCGUUGAACCGGGGGCUACGAAGAGUAAUGAAAUGUUUCAGAUCAGGCUGCCACAGUAGGAGUCUAUACACAUUCAACUUUCUUGGAUGCCUGCCACCUUCACUAUUUUAGCGACUAGGCCAAUUGUUCAGGGCAGAAUAGGACCUUCAGUGAACAUUUCCGUACUUUGGAUGGCCAAAGAAACUUCAACACCCUUCCUCCCUGUAAAAGGUAUCCCCGCUGGGCUGUUUUCCCCACCUCAGUGAUAAUAAAACUCAAUGAAAUGUUUUGAGUGCAGCUUUCCCGGGUGGCAGCAGCUGUCUGGGAGUCGGCGUGGGAUGUUUUGAGACAAUUCAACGCCGGGAAAUGUGUCGGCAGACUUCCAUGGUGUCUGCUGAUGAGAGGUGCUUGAGGGAUGAUAAUCAAGUGUUUCAAGGCAGAAGCAGCCGCUGGAGUUUGUGUGCAGUGGGACUGUUGUUAUAGGACGUCUGAGUGCAGGCUGGCAGUGUGGCUGCUGCUUCGGGAGGACUCAUUACCAGUGAAAUGUCACAAAAUAUCGUCCGUCAAUGUAACGGGGAUAAACAGAUUCAGGAAAUCAUCGGCUCUGACUGGUUGUGUCUCGAUGUCGCAGAUGAAUUGAAAAAGAGUGUACUCGCACUGCUGCACCCCUGGGCCAAAGUGGACACUUUCCUCCUGACUGAUCAGUAGAUGUACACGUAUCUUUGCUCAGGUGCUGCUUGAGUUGGAAUAAAAUCAACAGUGUAGAAUACCAAUUCUCACCCGGUAAAAACGGUAUUUUUCAGCAGUUUCCGACUCGUACUCCGUGUAUAAUAGUUCUGACUCAGAGCUAUGCAGAUAACGGUGGUGUUGAAAAAUAUAGUUUGUCUGGGCUGGUGUCUUUGAUCAUACCACUAUGGUUUCUUCAAGUGGGAGAACAUGUAGAAAAUGUAAUUCUUAAGCAAUAUAAUAAUAAGAAAAAAAUCUUUUAAAAGAUGUAUUUUUUAACUUGUAAUGGUAGAAAUGAGACGCACAGCGAGCAGAACGUUGAGAAGAAAACGUCUGAUAACCUUUAAUUCAGUAGAUCAUUUUAAAAUCCAACAAAGGUUUUUUUUUAAUGGACUUAUGUGUAUGAUAAAUGUAGUGAUGCUUGUCAAAAACCUCCAGGCUCACUUGAAAUAAUUGAAUUGACAUUAGUUAACACAGCAUAUUAAUAUGAAUAUAACCCACAUUGAUUUUUUUAUAAUGUGAGGUUACAUCCCCCACUGCAGUAAUACAAUCUCACUUCUAUAGGACUUACCAAACACCAUCACAGAUCUGAAGGGCCUGUUUGUUCCUGUUGAUCAGCGCUUACUCAAAUGUAAAAUGUCAACUCUGUUGAUCUUCAGUCCGUUCUAUUUUGGUUUUGUGUUUCAUCAAGUGUUGCAUAUUCUUUUUGUCUCUCGGAUUUUCAGCUGUAAAGAUAUUUAAAUGUUUGUUUUUUGUCUUCCUUCACUUCACUCAACCGUCUUCCCCACAUUGUCGUCGGUGUCACGUUGCCGUGUUCCUCAUUGUGCACCUGCUUUCAUGCGGCGCGGCAAACUGUUGUAAAGGUCUUUUUAAAAGAAGGAUGUUUUCCCAAACUACACUUAGAAAUGUGCUGAAACCGUGAAAUGCCGCUGAGAGAGGGAUACUUUUUAAUUGGAGAGAAGGGAGAAGUGACAGUGUGACAAACUAAGAACCAAGAGAGAGUAGGAAACCUGUGUGAUAUGAAUGAAGAAAAGGCAAUAUUCAGUGUAAAUCACUCGCAUCGCUGUCAUUCAAAAUGCAACUACAAAGGAGCUCAGUCAACGUGUCUCUGCCGUUUCUAUUUAAACACUGUCAACAUUUCGAGGCACUGCAGAUGGACGGCUUUCCAUUAAAACCAACCUAAGCCAAUCCACAGAAAAUAAUCACCAGCUGCAGGUUACAGCUUCUUAAAAAGGGAGAAUUUGCUGCUCUUGUUUUAUAUCAUUGUAAAUGAAAUGUGUUUGGCUUUUGUCAAUUAAAAAGCAGCGAUUUGAAGAUGGCACCACUGGCUGCGAAUGGGCAUUUCUCACGACCUUCUGACAUGUAACAGACGAGUCAUGAGUUACCCACAUUUGUCUGAUAUUUGAUAAAUCGUAACGAUCACUUGCAGAUCUGCAGUUCCUUUCAUUUGCAUUGCCUCAAAGACGAUCAACUUUCUUGUAUCAUCUUUCAAGGCUUUGACGGAGAAAAUCCAGUUAGUGGUGAACACCUUUGAUCAUCACACUGUUGUGGUUGUUUCAGUAUUUCAUGUGUGCCGUCUGCUAAACGUACAGCUCUCGAGCGGUGACAUUUCUACAGUUAAUUAUUCUGUUUACUGUUUAAAUCUCUAAAUACAGGACUUUAAGGUGAAAGCAGAGUUCAGAAAUGUAGUUCAAUCAAAAGGGAUUGUUUUGUUCUGAGCCCGUUUCAUCUGUCAGUUUCUCAGCAUAAUACUUACAUUUCACAAGACCCUUCUCUUCUUCAGGCUGCCUUCACUUUAACCAUCACAUUGAAAUGCAGAAACACUUUGUUGGUUUUACGGGGUUGUACAGAAUUAAACUAAUUGUCUUUAUUCUCU